AUGACAACAGAACUUGCGUCUUACUCAUCCGUGCUCGCUUCUGCGGCCUCUGUCUACGAGUCGGCAACGUCGGUCCUCGCGACUGCCACAGUAAAGGCCACCUCGAAGAGUAUGUCCCUCAUUGCCGCGCAGGCAGAGGCCACAAUGUCGUACUACUCUCUAGCUCAGGCUGCGGCGACUAUCACGGACCCUGGAGUGGCAUCAAGCGUCUCUGCUCAGGCUGCGGUUGCGUCGGCAUAUAUGAAAAAGCUGUAUGACGAUAAUGCCAACUACGGAGGAAAUGCUCCAAAUUUGGCUGGAAACGUUGCCCUGCUAGUUGUGAUGAGUAUCUUCCUUGCCAUACAGCUCAUUUACGGGGCCAUCUACAAAAACUGGUGGUUUUUCACCUGUUUCACUUUGGGUUUGAUUCUCGAGGUUCUGGGCUAUAGCGGUCGUAUUUGGUCCAACAAGAACAUUGCGUCUUUUGAUGCCUAUGUUCUCCAACUGGUUUGUUUAACUCUGGCUCCUUGUUUUCUCAUGGCGGGUGUUUAUUACACAAUCGGUGAGAUGACGAUUAUCAUGGGCCAAAUGUAUUCCUGGCUCAAGCCCAUGCAAUAUUCGAUGAUUUUCAUUAUGUGCGACCUGAUUGCAAUUGCUCUGCAGGCUGCUGGUGGUGCUGUUGCAGCCAGCGCUCUGGAUGUGCUUGAUAGCACCCGUGGUGGUGCCAACAUCAUGGUUGGGGGUCUUGCUUUCCAAGUUUUCUCCAUCGGACUUUUCCAGUUCUUUUGGUACGUGUUCCUGUUCAGAUGUUAUAAGAGCUACAAGAAGUACGGCGAUGAUUGCUUUGACCCUCAAUAUGCUUCGGUUAGGAGGAGAAAGAUUUUCUUGGUUUACAUCGGCUUCAUUUCGUUUGCAGUUCUUCUCGUGUUUGUUCGGUCGAUCUACCGUCUAAUUGAGCUUGCGCAGGGCUUCUCGGGGCAUUUGGCAGACACAGAAAUUUACUUCUUCAUUCUAGAGGCUCUUAUGAUGUCCCUGGCUAUCUGUCUCUUGCUUAUCACCUACCCAGCUGCUGUUUACGGCCGGAAUACCAAAAUCAAAGUCGACAAGAGUGUCAGGGCUCUAUUUGAGAAUACACAAUGGCUUGAGAACGCACGGUGGUUCAAAUUCAUGCAGAAGAAGAAGGACCUCUCUGAUGGUGCGGACUCGUACAAACAGGAAGAAGAAAAAGCUACAGCGCCGCUCUAA